AGGCCGCCUCUCCGGAUAUGAAGCGAUCUGGUCUCUACGAUCGUCACCUGAGGCUUUUCUUCGUCUGCCUCCUCCACGAGAGGAGCCUUUUCUGCAGUGGCUCUCCCUGUGCUGAAGUCUUCCCAGGGAGACUUGCCUGCCCCCUUCGUUACAUAUCUUUAUGGCCUCUUGAACUCCGGGCUGUGCGCGUGACGGCUUCCUCCCCGGAACUCUCCGCGACAGCGAGGAAAGCAACGUGGGCUGGUGGGGGUCUGACCGUGAUACUGAUCAUGCCGAAGGUAAAGAAGCCGCCGCGCUCGAGGCAGCAGCGCCCAGAAGGAAAAGCGCCAGGUAUCAGGUUCAACACUGGACUCGGUCAACAUAUUUUGAAAAAUCCCCUCAUUGUUAACAGCAUUAUAGAAAAGGCUUCCUUGUACCCUACUGAUGUUGUUCUAGAAGUUGGUCCUGGCACUGGAAAUAUGACAGUAAAAAUGUUAGAAAAAGUGAAAAAGGUUAUUGCUUGUGAAUUGGACGUAAAGCUUGCUGGUGAACUUCAGAAGAGAGUCCAGGGCACGCCUCUGGCUAACAAACUUGAAAUAAAGAUUGGAGAUGUGUUGAAAAGUGACCUGCCCUUCUUUGAUGCUUGUGUGGCUAACUUGCCUUAUCAAAUUUCCUCCCCCUUUGUUUUUAAGCUACUGCUGCACCGGCCUUUCUUCAGGUGCGCAGUCCUCAUGUUUCAAAGAGAAUUUGCUCUUCGCUUGGUUGCAAAGCCAGGCUCUCCCUUAUAUUGCAGACUCUCUGUUAAUACUCAGCUAUUAGCUCGCGUCGAUCAUCUGAUGAAGGUAGGGAAAAAUAAUUUUAAACCGCCACCCAAAGUUGAAUCCAGUGUUGUGAGAAUAGAGCCAAGGAACCCUCCACCGCCAAUCAAUUUUCAGGAGUGGGAUGGUCUACUAAGGAUAGUCUUUGUCAGGAAAAACAAGACACUCGCUGCAGUUUUUAAUUCAAAUGCUGUGAAAAAGCUGCUGGAAAAGAAUUAUCGGAUUCACUGUUCACAAAAUAACUUGGAAAUUCCAGAAGAUUUCAGUAUUGGAAGUUUCAUACAGGGAAUCCUAAAAGACACUGGUUAUGCAGAAAAACGUGCGCGAGUCAUGGAUAUUGAUGACUUCAUCAGUGUUCUGCAUGGCUUCAACGCAAAAGGCAUCCACUUUUCCUAAAGGGAAGAUGGAAGAGACGCUGAGCAGCAAUGCUUUUGUAAGGAUGAACUGAACUAUCUAAAGGUGGUAUCAGAAUUUCACCCGAGAUGAUGUGUGCCAUGCUGCACAUGCACAUCCAGCUGUUUAAUUACCCCAUUGGUGCAAAAUGAGUUCUCAAGGACAACGCCAAUCGCCACCAUGCCUUUGUUCUGCUCUGCUCCUUUUGGAGGUUUUUUUUAAGAGAACAUAUGUGAUGCAGAGUGUAAACUCUCCAGCCAUGUUCAGGGUCUCCUGAAAUACACCUUUUAUUUUUCUUAUUGCAUUGCCUAAGCCACAGUGACCACCUGCUCCCAACAAAAAGCACCCCAACCAAGAACAACUGUUAUGUUUGAUAUUACAACCCAGAUACUAUUCCUUUAUUAAAGAAUUCAUGAUCCAAGAUGUAAACUAGGUUCUCUUAAUUGUCAAACCCACUCCUUAGAUUUUGUGUGUGUGUCAAGUUCUGUAGUCAUUCUUAGACGGUGCAUUGCAAUAAACAAUGCUUUUUGUA